UUUAAUUAAUAUCUUCCUUUAGGUAGUUUCUUGCUCAGCUUGAUUCCCUGCCAAUCACUGUUUCCAUUUCAGAGUUCAUUUAGGUAACAUAGUGGAGUGGAGCAAUCCUAACAGCUUCUGCAUGCUGUCUUGUGUGCUGAUGUUUGACUGGCAGUCUCAAGGCUGGGUGGUCCAGCUUGCUCUAUGAACGUUUUGGGGGUCUCUGAUUUGCUUGGAGUAAUGUCUGUGAUAACUUUUAUUCCUGUGACUUUCAUACCUCCACAGGAAUUACGUAUUGCAUAUCUGUCUUUGUAGAUUCUAUAUUAAUAGUUAGAAUUGGACUGUGGCUCCGACCACGUUUUGAAAUUCCAGUUGGAGUUGGAGGAAGUGACUGGUACCAAUAAUAAACUCUUUGUUUUGAUUAUAUAAUGCUGUAUGUAGAAUUGGUAUCCAUUUUCGAAUCUCCCUUAUAAACUAUUGUGCUGAGUGUUAGAAGACAGAUACAUGUACCUGCAGGCAGGCGUUUUAGCAAGAAGGAAUGUGAAAUUACAUGUACUUAAGAAAUUUGUCACUGUAAUACGAUGAACUGUAACGUGAUGAAAAUGUUCAUUUCAUUCCUUUUUAUCUCAGCAAAGCACUUCAAAUGAGGGCAGGUAACCCUUUAGAAACAAACUUCCACCCCCUGAGGUGCCUGUACAGAUGUUUGGUAGUAGAGAGUGAGAUUCACAUGGAGUGAGAUGUACAGUAAUGAUUUCAGUCAGGAUGGGCACAGGUAGAAAAUCCUGCUGAUACCUCAAUUCUUACUGUUGUAACACAUGAAAUCUUACUAAAUUCUAUGAGAUUAUGCUACGUAUCUAUAGUGGUUUUAGUGCUAUUAUGCCUUAAGAAAGAAUUUUGUGUAGAGACAGUUUAUUUUUAACUCUGUUGUCCCAUUUGCUCUGAGCUUUUGCAGGACUUAAUCUGCUUCCAAACUAGUGCUAAGAGUUUUUAUCUUCAUGCAGUUGCUCGGGAGCUGUUAUCAUGGGCAAAGUGUUGACACAGGAGCAAGUCACUGUCAUAACAAGAUUUGAAUCUGUGAAAUGGGAAAUGGCAAGUGAAUAUGUCAAUAUGAAGACUUAACUAAUGCUCGUUCUUAGUAGUAUGUAAUUAUUUUGUCAGUAUCAUUACAUGUGGCAUAAUAUACAUAUACAUACGUGUGUGUAUAUAUAUGUUUUAGCCACAGUGCUUGUGGUUGAAACUGUUCCUUGAACCUACCUCUGUUUGGCUCUGUAAAAGGUCACAUCUUUCUUCAGGUGAGUGACUGCAGUUACGGUUGCCAGGAGCUCCAGUGUGGUCAAUGAUUAGCAGUCUUGUUGAUUCUCAGGGACCCUGUGCUCAGGGGGCAUGUGGUGCAAAUGGUGCUGUGAUUGCUUUUGCUUGCAAACCAGGGUGAUGUUACCAGUUACAGAACGUAGGACAUGAGCUGCUCAAUAUGGGGGAUGUCUAUCAGCAGCACUUCCACGGCUGUUUGUUUUGUCUUAUUAAUAGACUUGGAUCUUCUGUUUAAUAAACAAACAUGAGUCAUCUGAAGUUGUUUGCAGCUAUGGUGCAGUGGCAUGGCAUUAAAACUCUGCGAAAGCCAGGCAUAGCCAGAAGGGUGCUUUUUCAUGGCCAGCGCUAUGUUUCAUCAGGAACCUCAGAGCCAUUCCUGAGUGGAAGUAAUUCAAAUUAUGUGGAGGAAAUGUAUUAUGCAUGGCUUGAAAACCCUCAAAGUGUACAUAAGUCCUGGGAUUUGUUUUUCCGUAAUGCAAACGCUGGCCAAACGUAUGAUCCUCAUCUAGCAGAUCAGUUGGAAAGAAAGGCAUCGUUUCUUCAGAGCCAUGGCCUGGCCCAGACACCGGGGAAAGCUGAAAAACUUGUUGAAGAUCAUCUUGCUGUGCAGUCUUUGAUAAGGGUGUACCAAAUCCGUGGCCAUCAUGUGGCUCAGCUAGAUCCUCUUGGGAUUCUGGAUGCAGACCUGGAUUCGUUUGUUCCAUCUGACUUAAUCACUACAAUCGAUAAACUUGGGUUUUACGGCUUGCAUGAAUCAGAUUUGGACAAAGUCUUUCAACUACCUACAACCACCUUCAUAGGAGGAAAUGAGAACAGUCUUUCUUUACGAGAGAUCAUCAAACGGCUGGAGAACACCUACUGCCAACACAUAGGCUUGGAAUUUAUGUUCAUCAAUGAUGUGGAGCAGUGCCAAUGGAUCCGGCAGAAGUUUGAGACGCCAGGUGUAAUGAAGUUUACAAAUGAGGAAAAAAGGACUUUGUUGGCACGCCUGGUGCGCUCAAUGAGAUUUGAAGACUUCCUUGCUCGCAAGUGGUCCUCUGAGAAGAGAUUUGGUUUGGAAGGAUGUGAAGUAAUGAUUCCUGCACUUAAGACCAUCAUUGAUAAAUCCAGUGAAAUGGGAAUUGAAUACGUUAUAAUGGGGAUGCCUCAUAGAGGUAGGCUGAAUGUAUUGGCUAAUGUCAUCCGAAAAGAGCUGGAACAGAUCUUCUGUCAGUUUGAUCCCAAACUUGAAGCAGCUGAUGAGGGAUCUGGAGAUGUAAAAUAUCAUCUGGGAAUGUAUCAUGAGAGGAUUAACAGAGCAACAAACAAGAAAAUCACUCUAUCCCUGAUGGCUAACCCUUCUCACUUGGAAGCAGUCGAUCCUGUUGUGCAGGGGAAGACAAAGGCUGAACAAUUUUAUCGAGGGGAUACUGCAGGGAAAAAGGUUAUGUCCAUAUUGUUACAUGGGGAUGCUGCCUUUGCAGGACAAGGUGUGGUUUAUGAGACAUUUCAUCUUAGCGACCUUCCAUCUUACACCACAAAUGGGACUAUUCAUGUUGUUGUCAACAACCAGAUCGGCUUCACCACAGACCCCCGUAUGGCGCGUUCAUCUCCAUAUCCUACUGAUGUUGCUCGUGUGGUUAAUGCUCCCAUUUUUCAUGUGAAUGCUGAUGACCCUGAAGCAGUGAUGUACGUGUGCAGCGUAGCUGCAGAAUGGCGAAACACGUUCAACAAAGAUGUGGUUGUUGACUUAGUUUGUUACCGUAGGAGAGGGCACAAUGAAAUGGAUGAACCAAUGUUCACCCAGCCCCUAAUGUACAAGCAGAUUCACAAGCAGGUGCCAGUGCUGAAGAAGUAUGCUGACAAACUGAUCGCAGAUGGGACUGUAACACUGCAGGAGUUUGAGGAAGAAAUUGCGAAGUAUGAUAGAAUAUGUGAAGAAGCAUAUACUAGGUCUAAGGAUAAUAAGAUUCUACACAUUAAACACUGGCUUGAUUCACCUUGGCCCGGAUUCUUUAAUGUGGAUGGAGAACCCAAGAGCAUGUCCUGUCCUCCUACUGGCAUUUCAGAAGACCUGCUGACUCACAUUGGCAAUGUAGCUAGUUCAGUGCCAGUCAAAGACUUCAAAAUACAUGCAGGCCUCUCCCGGAUUUUGAGAGCCCGCUUGGAAAUGACCAAGAACAGGGUUGUUGACUGGGCCUUGGCAGAAUACAUGGCUUUUGGCUCUUUUCUGAAGGAAGGGAUUCAUGUCCGAUUGAGCGGACAAGACGUAGAGAGGGGCACUUUUAGCCAUCGCCAUCAUGUGCUUCAUGAUCAAGAAGUUGACAAAAGAACGUGUGUUCCCAUGAACCACCUGUGGGAGCAGCAGGCCCCCUAUACUGUGUGCAACAGCUCCCUUUCUGAAUAUGGUGUCCUAGGUUUUGAACUUGGCUUCGCUAUGGCAAGUCCGAAUGCCCUGGUGUGCUGGGAGGCCCAGUUUGGUGACUUCCACAACACAGCGCAGUGUAUAAUAGACCAGUUCAUCAGCUCGGGGCAGGCUAAGUGGGUUCGUCACAAUGGGAUUGUUCUGCUCUUGCCACAUGGCAUGGAAGGAAUGGGUCCAGAGCAUUCAUCAGCCAGGCCUGAAAGAUUUCUGCAGAUGAGCAAUGACGAUUCUGAUGCUUAUCCAGAGUUCACCGAACAGUUUGAAGUUUCCCAGCUGUAUGAAUGCAACUGGAUUGUGGUGAAUUGUUCAACUCCAGCCAACUACUUCCAUGUCCUCAGAAGACAGAUCUUGCUGCCAUUCAGAAAACCGUUAAUCGUUUUGACACCCAAGUCACUGCUGAGGCAUCCAGAAGCUAAAUCCAGUUUUGAUGAAAUGGUGUCUGGUACCACUUUUCAACGUGUGAUUCCUGAGAAUGGACUGGCAGCUCAAGCACCACAUGAGGUCAAGCGAGUGAUUUUCUGUACAGGAAAAGUGUACUAUGAUCUUGUGAAAGAGAGGAAGAAUCAAGACUUGGAGAAACAAGUAGCUAUAACCAGACUUGAGCAGAUCUCACCAUUCCCAUUUGACCUGCUCAAAGAAGAACUCGAAAAGUAUCCAGGCGCAGAUCUAGUUUGGUGUCAGGAGGAACACAAAAACAGUGGAUAUUACGAUUAUGUCAAACCUCGUUUCCGCACUAUUGUGAACCACACUCGACCUAUUUGGUAUGUUGGCCGAGAGCCUGCUGCUGCAGCUGCCACAGGCAACAAGAACACACAUCUGGUGUCGCUCAGAAGGUUCCUGGAUACAGCUUUCAACCUGGAGGCCUUUGAGGGAAAGACAUUCUAACUGCAGGACGCUGACUCAUCUCCAUCUACAACUGUCUCAAAUUUCAGCAGCCAAACAAAGAAUUAAAAGUGAACGGGAGGAAUGCUAGAAAUCGUGUAAGGAUCCAGCAGCUAACUUCAUUGCUCUACACUUUUCUCCCAGUUUGUAAGAAAAACAGAACAAAACAACAAAAAAGAACAACUUCCACCAUUUUAUGUCACUUUUCUAUUUAGAUGGGGAAAUCUUUGGGACAAGGAGAGUCUAGAUCAGAAAGGCUCUCAUCUCUGACUGUGGACGUUUUCAAAUUGCUGUAAGUUGAGCAGGCGUGGACAACAUGAUGCAAUUGUGCACAUCCCAAAAAAGAGGAAAGUGAGUUCGGAAGCCAUUAAAGAAACAAGAUGCAUUAUGUGACGACUGACAGUUGUUUCUAGACAUGUUGGAGAAGAAUAAUGAAAGCAAAAAGCAAAGUUGCUACCGUGACACUAAUGGAUUACUUAGGUAUGGAAAUGCACUGAGUGUGGGUAUUGGAAAGAGAUGGUAAGCUGCUGUGACAAGGCUCAAAGCAGGGAGUCAGGAUUACAAAGUCAGUUAACUAUGGGUGGUUACAGAAGUGGUGUGGAUUACUUGGAUAUAAGAUAGAGGCACCACAGUAGAGCUGACCACAGCUGUCAGAGCAGUGGCAUAUCAACAGGAGAGUUGAGCAGCAAAGUGGUGGAUAAAUGAAUUCAAAGUAAGAGAUGACAGCACCAAUUGUUUCCUUUCCUUUGGAUACCUGAUUUGAUGCAUUAUGGUAUGUAGAAAACUGGAGGGUCCUAUGAACAUCCUCAUUUUGGAUGACUUCCUUCCCUCACCAAAGUACAAGGAUUUGCCACCUUUGACCUGGUAGCACCUGUAAAAAGACUGUGAGAAAUGUGCAUUUGUCAGCAAGUACUGGGUUCUCUGCUUUGUCCAGUUCUAAUCACUCCCUCAAAUUUCCUUGCUGGUGUUAAUUCAACUCUGAAAUGCCAGUUCCUGAUUUAUUCACCCAUUUUUAUGUCGAGGAAGGUGGGCAAGCUACAUUUGCUGAUUGACCAAAAGCACAUGCUGUAUAUUUAUCUUAAAUUGUGAUUGAUUUUGUCGAUCCUUUGUGUUUACCUGGUGGUUAGGCUAUCAAUUGCCAUUUAUUUUCAGUAUGGACAUAAAGGGAAACUUCCGCUAAGGGCUGGCCCUCUGUCAGGCAGCUGAGGGACAGCAGGUUCAUGAGAAAAAGGUCUGUGGCAGGGGACAGCAAGGGGAUGGUUGCACUCUAGGGAGAGAGGAGAGAGUGCUUGGCUGCUUUGGAGACACUGUGUGGCAGGGUGAUCUCAAACUGCUUGAGCUUCAUCUGCAGUGCCAGAAAGCAGGUGGGCAUAGGUUUCCACUCCCCUCUCAGUGUAAGACCUAGUGUUGUCAGAUGUCCUGUUCUCCAUCUGCUCCAGGAGAAUUGGGAUGGGGGGGGGGAGGCAAGCCUUUUGGCUGCAGUUUCUGCAACACUACAGCCUGGAUAGUGGCGAGAGACUUUGUCCUUUCCUCCUGCAGGAUGGCAGAGGGAACUGUGCAGUUAAGAAAAUAAGGGGUGUGGCAGGAAUCAGAGGAAUGGCUGUGCCUGUGCUGAGGCAGGAAACAAUAGCAAGCUGUGUGAGGGCCCUGUGCCCCUGCAGUGCCUAAGGGUUGUGCUAGAUCCAUUCAUAACAAGUGACUGGAAAACACGUAGCGGAGACCUCCAUCUCCAAUUCCCUGUCCUGAAUGUGCUCUUGGGACAUGCUCUUGUUCCUGGAAAUAAGUUCUACCCUGCUGUUGCUGUGUUGGCUGUGACAUAAUAAGGCUUGACAGUUUAUGCUUGAUGAAAAUAGUCAAGUGAUGCUGAAAAGCAUCUUGUCUUGUCAAAGUAGAAAGCACUAUUAAAAACUUUCAGCUAUGAUCACCUGCUGUUAGUACAAGCAGGCUACCAAAAGGGGAUGUGCUCCUCAUGCUGUCCCUUCACUUGGCCUGGAGAUAGCAUGGUAAAAAUAAAAUAAAUCCUCCUGUCAGAGCAUAAAAUCAGUGUGCUAAGGUGCUUAUGUGUGUUCCAGAACCAAACUUAGUCUAAUGUUUAUGAAAAAUCAGUAGCAUCCUUUUAAAUUAGGGUGGUUGCCUUGGGCUUUUUCUGUCAUUGAAACAUUGAAGUUAAUUCAAUCUUUUGAAACCUAAUGAACUUGGAAAAUACUGCAAUUGACAGCAGCGAAGAUUGUCUCCUGUCCAUUUCUACAGUUCAAAACAUGAUGCUGAUAGGCAGUAACCAUCACCCAAAGUAUUUUAGUGCUUCUAUGAAUCCGUGUUUCUGUGGCAAUAAUUGAAUGCGCCUAAAUAUCACUGGCACCAUUCAUUGUGUUCUCAGUCUGCAUAAAGCAGGUCAGUGCUGCAUGGAAUAUGAUAAAGGCACUUAUGCCACAGUAUAUGCAGAACAAAAUUAACAUAGAAAUGUAAGUGGCGAAUGGCAGGUUUCCAUUUUCAUUGUGUAUCAUAGAUUGUGGCAUAAUAGUUGCAUAAAAAUUCCAUCAGAGAAUGUAAAAAAGCCACAAAACAAAACAAUAAAAUAUGUAAGAAAGAAA